AUGGCUGCCACUGCUUCCGCACCUCCUCCUCUCUCCUCCCCGGCGCUUGGAGUUGCCGAUCAUGAGGAUAGCAACAUCUCCAGCCCCCUCAGUGAGGUUGACACGAAAGACGACCACGACGAAGACAUUGAGCAUAUGAAUCUCGAUCAUGAUGACGAAGAUAGCGUCAGGCGUAGCCCUCGAAAGAAGCCACCACCUACCUCUGACUCGGACAGCGUUCUCUCUGAUGCCCACUCCGACGUACCCUCGGAUGGCAACGUCACAGAAGCUGAGACUGAGCGACUAUAUGAUACACCAAGGCACCAGAGGCAACGAGACGUUGUAGUGGACCAAUUUAACGAGGGUCAAGUCUACGAACACACUCCCAGCAAGCUACGCAGGACCGCCAACCUGCACAACGACGACGACGAUGAAUCUGCAAUAGACGAUGACGAUGCUUCUACUGGCUCCCCCACAAUAGGCGAAAAUUCGCCUACAAAACAUGCCAUUGUACACAAUGCAGGAGAGGAAGACGAGCACAAAAAUGACGCCCAGGAGCGGAAGCGGAAGCGUUCACCCGCCGCCGAUCAAUCAGAAACCGAACAGCCGCUUAGAAAACGGGCAAGUUCAGAGCAUGCGACUGAUGUGAACACCCCCCAGCAGCUCGAAGAGACUAUUCUGCAAGAUGUGAACACCCCUGCACAUGAAAGCACCGGCACACAUACACCCACCGAAGACACUGAUGCUUCUCCCCAAAAGAGAUCUACCAACAGAGAAACUGAUCUGGCAGAGCGUCUUUCGCGCGCCGUGAAAAAGAAUACACGUGGAUCCAAACGAAAAGCAGCAGCAGUUGCUGAUCUUGACCCAGACACUGACAGUGGAAGUCAUGAUGGCGCGCGCGACAGCGCCAGGGGAACAGACGUUGAUCACCACGACGAAGCUGAUGCAGAUGCGGACGAAGAAGUUGACUCAGCUACUGCACAUGAUGAAGAGCUGGAACGAAAACAAGCCGCUUUCAAGGAUUGGACUGUUAUCGAGGAAAUGUUUGGGGUGUUUCGUGAUAGACUCUACAAAGACCGACUUGAACGACUGGAAAAGGAAGAACAGUCACUCCUUGCCAGCGAACCGACACAUCCCGAGUACCUAAACAUGAAGCAGUGUUUGGAUGACCGACUAGAACAAAAACUACGCGAAAUAAACAAUGAGCACGAAUAUCGGCUCAAGGCUCACGAACGACGGUCCGUUGCCCAGCGAGCCCAAAUAUGGGGACAAUACUACCAAGCGGUUCGUGAGAAGAGAGAAAGGACCCUGGAAGCCCUUAACCAAGAGUGGUACGACAUCCAAACUGCAAGGCGAAGCGCACACAGCUUGCAGGACUGCGGCUUGCUCUACCCCAAGGAUCCCGCACAGCGCGUGAGAAAUGCGAUCGCCUACAAUACCGAGGUCUCAGCACUAGCUACAAUUGCAAAGUACGAAGGGUUCCCUGCAGGCCCCGAGAUGAGCGGGGCGACACCGUCGGAAAUGGAAGACGAUAUAGCUGCCAUUGAGCGAGCCAAGCGAUCACGACAUAAGCCAGUAAACCAACGACGAGAGGAAUACUAUGCUCAGCCAUUUGAUCGCCUCGGACCCGCUGGUGAACAAUUCCUUCGAGAGACGCCGUGGGCCAAUCCAAAUCACUUACUUCACAAGAUGCACCCUACAGCUGCUCCAACGGAAGCAGUUCCGGACGAUAUGACUAGCCGUGGUGCGCACCAAGCUUCUGUGCCUCCUGGCGCCCAAAUCACGCAGUCUCCAUCACUCUCGGCACGACUAUCAGAGUCUCCAGAAUUGACAAGAACGUUACUUAGCCCGGCUCACCAAGCCAAACGGGUCAGAAACAGUCUGCCCGGCGUCAACCGCGGUACAAAAGCAGAAGCUACAUAG